AGUCAACGGGAAUGCGGUAACUGUUGGUAACAGAACAAUGAGCUGCGCGCCGAGCCAAGUCUCUCUUCGGUGCCACCCGCGGGCGAGGCCGGAUUAAUCACCGCUGCUGCCAGCCGCCCAUGUGUCCUGAUGUCCUGGGACCCGAACCCCGUUCCCCGUGCCUUGCGAUGCUGGAGCCUACGGAGGGCGUCCGAAACUGCCCUACAGAGCAGUCGCCGGGCAGUUGAAGAUCAACUAAAGAUACGUGGCCACAAGAGGGAUGCUGAUGUCUUCGAGCUGUUCCUUUCUAAAAAGGAACUGACAGAGGUCAUUGAUCUUUCUAGGUUUAAAAAAUUAAAAUACUUAUGGCUUCAUCAUAACAAGCUCCAUGGAAUAACAUUUCUAACUAGAAACUAUUGUCUGACAGAACUAUAUCUAAACAACAAUGCAAUAUUUGAGAUAGAAGGCCUGCAUUAUUUGCCUUCAUUGAAUAUACUCCUGCUACACCACAAUGAGUUAACCAACAUUGAUGCAACAGUGAAGGAAUUACAGGGAAUGCUAAAUCUGAAGAUCCUAAGUCUAUACCAAAAUCCUUUGUGCCAAUAUAACCUGUAUCGUUUAUAUAUCAUCUACCACCUUCCAGGAGUGGAGCUGCUUGACCGAAAUCAAGUUACAGAAAAAGAAAGAAGAUCAAUGAUUACCAUUUUUAACCAUAAAAAGGCUCAUAUCGUUCAAUCAAUAGCAUUCAGAGGAAAAGUAGAUGCUUCAUGGGAUCCUAAAUCACCAUUUAAGCAAAAACCAGUCCAGAGAGUACCUUCAGAUUUUGGAUUUGCAAGUAAUGUAGACAAAACUGUGUUUGAUGACCCAGAAGAUGCUGUUUUUGUGAGGUCCAUGAAGAGAUCAGUGAUGACUUUGACCUCUAUGAACUGGAACACAGUUCCAACACGAGAGGAAAGAUACCUUGAAGAGGAAGGCACAGAACCGGCUCAAAUGCUCACAGUUACAUUGAGAUAAGCCCUGGUAUUUCUAGAAAUCAUAGUGGUUUUCAGCUGUAUAUUAAACUUCCCCAUGACUUAGCGUAUUACAUACU